AUGUUAGGAGUUCUGGUCUGUCUGAUUCUGUGGACUGCCCUGACCACGACAUUUACAGAUGGAGUCCUCUUCCAAUCUCAUUAUUUCGCGGACACUGACUUAGAUGAUACAGUGUUUUACGACACUCUCCUGUCAGCACACCAUUCGGACUCUCUCACGCUGUGUUUCGCUAUGUGUGGUCAGAACUGUCACUGUCUUGGCUACAACUCCCAGAAAAAGAGAUGUCAUCUAUAUAAAUCAUGUGAUUCUGUGACUAUAUUUGAUUACGAAACUGGUUGGAGGUAUUAUAAUUCAAUGUUGGAAGGAGAGGGUUGGAUGCUGUUCGGAACCCAUUAUUACUUACAUAUCAAGAAUAACGCCACAUGGGAAAAUGCCAAGUUUGAGUGUGAAAUGUUAGGGGCCUACUUGGUUUCCAUAGACACAGAAGAGGAGAACAAGUGGUUAACAGAAACCUUCCUGCCAGCCUGGGAUCCUGUGACAUGUGACCCUUGGUGGUUUUGCUGUUUAUACUGGAUAGGUGCCAACGAUAUUGAACAGGAGGGGAGAUUUGUUUGGACGGAAAACAACAAUAACGUCACUUCCUUUUCCAACUGGCACCCGGAUGAACCUGAUGACACAGGGGGGCAGGACUGUGUACAUCUGUGUCGUCAGGGGUUUUGGGAAGAUGCCGGCUGUGAUGGAGUGUUUUCAUACAUUUGUGAAAUUGAUUAAAAAUGUCAUUAAUUGUUAAUAGUUGUGUUGUCAGCAA